UUUUUUUCUUCCCUCGAUUGCUUACUGGAGCGAAGCUUUGAGAAACCAAGACUUUCCGUCUCAGUCUCUGUGUCACCCAGUCUCAGUUUCUCUCGCUCUCUCUGUCGCUAUGGCGUCGAUGACAAUCGCUCCGUCGGCGUCGGCUCCGACGGCCCGGACAUCCAAUCCGAGCUCAACGACGCUGCCGCACUCAAUCUCGUCGCCGACGAUGCCAAUUCCGAUCGCCAUCAACCAGAACACGGCCAACUCUGUGAUGCUCUCGACCUCGCAGUCGUCCUCCGACGGUUACCUCGAAGGCUAUGACAAUGCAUCCAUGGCGUCGCCUUCUGGUCACCGGCCGAGUCUGCGUCGCCAGCCGUCCGACGGCGCAACGUAUGAUGCUCGCGCGGCAGGCAGCCGUCCACUCUCCAUGGUUGGUGAAGACGAUGUUGCCAAGCUCAAGCAAAAGAAGGCAAACUACCAGAAGGCGAAAGCCGCUCGUUUGCGUGCUGCCAACACCUUUGGUGGUGAUGCGGAGAAUGUGCAAAGCGGGUGGCUCAAAAUGCGCGGUUUUGUCAAGAACUGGUCCAAGUAUUACUGCGUGCUGCGUCCGGGCGUUCUGCUGUACUACAAGGACGAGAAGCGGACAGAGUGGUCUGGCUCGGUUCUCCUGAACGGUGCCGAGGUGAUUGAGCGACCAACCAAGAAAACUGGCUUCUGCUUCAAGAUUUACCACCCUCUGGAACACACGAUUUACUCGACUCGCGGUCCCAAGGGCGAGAUUGCCAUUGUGGUUCCCAUUCACAACGAUCAUUGCAUUCUUCGUGCUCCGACUGAGGCCGAGGGACAGCAAUGGCUGAGCAAUAUCGAAGAGGCGUCUCUUAAGCCUCUUGGCCACCACGAUGAUCCUCGCGACGACGAAUCGGACGAUGACGAGUUUGGCGAUGCUCAGAAUCUCGAACAGCAAUCUCCGCCCGCUUCGGCAUCCCUCACAGUGCCGCUGUCACCCAUUCUUACUGCCGCCGCUGGCAAUCCCACCUCUGACUUUGAGGACGAAGAAGAAGAGGAAGAGGCCGAUGCGGUCAAGGAAACGCCCUAUGCCCAGGAGCCCUCUCGAGAAAUCAACGUCGGCCCGGUCACUGAAGAGUGGGGCGAAGAGUCAAAGUCGUUGAUGUGGUCGAUUCUCAAACAGCUGCGCCCGAGUGUCGAUCUCUCCAAGAUUCCGCUCCCGACCUUCAUUCUCGAGCCUCGCUCCUUCCUUGACAAGCUAUCCGACUAUUACUUCCAUUCCGACGUCCUUUCAGUCGCCGCGAACCAUGCGGAUCCUGUGGAGCGCAUGUCUAUCAUCACCAAGUGGUUCCUCUCAGGCUUCUAUGCUCAACCGAAAGGAUGCAAGAAGCCGUACAACCCCAUUAUCGGUGAAACCUUCCGCUGCUACUGGAAGCAUCCCACAGACAGCCGCACCUACUACAUUGCGGAACAGGUCUCCCAUCAUCCACCGGUGUCUGCGUGGUAUGCUGCCAACCGACAAGAAGGCUACUGCGUGAACGGCUCGCUGUUGACGCGCUCAAAGUUCAACGGCGCCUCGGCUGUCAGUUUGCUUGAAGGCGCCGCCACCCUUCACUUGCUGAACUUUGGCGAGGAAUACGUGAUUACCUUCCCGCUGGUCCAAGUCAAAGGCUUGAUCUUCCCUCCUCUUCAAAUGGAGAUGGGUGGUACUCCUUCCAUUAUUUGCGCCCAAACGGGUCUGAAGGCUGAGCUCGAGUUCAAGCUGAAGCCCAUGUUUGGCGGUGACAUCAAUGGUCUCAAGGGCAAGAUCAAGGAUGCGACCGAUCGUGUGUUGCGCACUGUGAAUGGCCGCUGGGACCAGACGAUUGAAAUCACCAAUUGCCAGACAAAUGAAGUAUCGGCACUGUGGACUGUCUCGCCGGAUACCGUCCAACGACGCCUGCCCCGAUUCAAAGUUGCCAAAGACGCUCAGGGCGAGUUUGAGUCUGAACGGCUCUGGCAAAAGGUCACGGCCGCCAUCGAGGCCGGCGACCAGUACUUGGCGACGGAAGAGAAGACUGUGCUCGAGAAUAACCAGCGCCUUGUGCACAAGGAGCUCAAGGCAAACAACGCAGACUGGGUGCCCAAGCUUUUCCGGAAAAAUCACGACGGAACCUGGGUGUACAAGUUUAUGGACAAGAAGAAGUGGAACCCGACGGUGGAUGCUCGCGAGAUUGAGAGCGAGGGUGUGGUGCAUACCCUCAGCGCGGCUGCUCUUGCGCAACGGCCCGCGACCCAGGGCACCCGCGAUCGUCGCGGCUCGACGCGCCAACCAUUGUCUGCAGUCUCGGUCGCCAGCGCGGCUGCCUCUGGUGUGGUCUCGAGUUCCACGUCUAGUGCUUCCACGCCGGCGCCCGCGCACACUCUGACUCUCCCUGCGGCCUCCAAGGAUGGACACGCUGCGUUGACGUACGCCGCGGUGGUUGCACACAAGCCUGCCGCCUCAGCUCAGGCUGCUGGCCAUGUCUCGUUGCCUCCGUUCCCAGCUGCGCACGACUAUUCCGACAAUCAGCGUCAACUGGCCGAGGCCCAGCACCGCGCGGUCGAGCACCUUCUCUCCUGGCGCAAGACUGCUGACGAUCAACUGGCUGCGAUCAAUAUCCAACUCGAGGCCACGCAACAGCAACUUCGCACUGCGCAGCAGCUGCUUGCGCGAGGUGGCCCGGCCAACCAUGGUGCCGCCGCCGCCGCCGCCGCCGCCGCCGCCGCCCCCAACUCCAGGAGCGGUCUGUUGCUGAACAGCGUGAUUCUCUUGUUGCUGGUGUUGAUCCAACUCUACGUUCAGCUGUACAAGAUUCCGGCAUCCACCGCGUCCGCCUCCGGCAGUCGAGGCGAUUUGUAACGUGUUGUAUUUGAUGAAUUUUUUGUGUUUUUUCUUAAUUGGUUGUCUGGGAACUUGCUGCUUGCCUGACAUUGCAUGUGAAGGACGAACAACAACAACAAAAUAUACACUGAAGUUUGGUUUU